GAAGCAGGCAAAGUAGGUAACGUUUCUCAGCAAAGUUUGAGAGGAGCCUGUGGCCAUGAGUGAGCUGGGCACACAGAAGACCAGCGAUGGCACCGUCUCUCGCCUGCUCAAUGUGGUGGAAAGUGAGCUUCAGGCAGGGAGGGAAAAAGGCGACCCUACGGAGAAACAACUUCAGAUCAUUCUGGAGGAUGCCCCUCUCUGGCAGAGGUUCAAGGAAGUCACUAAUGAAAUGAUCGUGACCAAGAACGGCAGACGGAUGUUCCCGGUCCUAAAGAUUAGCGUCACGGGGCUGGACCCCAAUGCCAUGUACUCGCUCUUGCUGGACUUUGUCCCAACGGACAGUCACCGCUGGAAGUACGUCAAUGGGGAAUGGGUGCCCGCGGGCAAGCCAGAGGUCUCCAGCCACAGCUGUGUCUACAUCCACCCGGACUCCCCCAACUUUGGGGCCCACUGGAUGAAGGCACCCAUCUCCUUCAGCAAAGUGAAACUGACCAACAAGCUCAAUGGAGGUGGGCAGAUAAUGUUGAAUUCUCUGCAUAAAUAUGAACCCCAGGUUCACAUAGUGCGUGUUGGAGGUGCCCAUCGAAUGGUGAUGAACUGCUCCUUCCCUGAAACCCAGUUCAUAGCUGUGACUGCCUAUCAGAACGAGGAGAUAACAGCUCUCAAAAUCAAGUACAACCCUUUUGCCAAAGCCUUCUUGGAUGCUAAGGAAAGGAACCACCUCAAAGACGUUCCGGAAGCUAUGUCUGAGAGCCAGCAUGUGGCCUAUUCUCACUUGGGAGGCUGGAUCUUUGCCAAUCCGGAUGGAGUAUGCACAGCAGGAAAUGCCAAUUACCAGUAUGCUACUCCUUUGCCUCUGUCUGCUCCCCACACCCAUCAUGGCUGUGAGCACUAUUCUGGCCUCCGAGGACACCACCGGCAGGCUCCAUACCCUUCUGCGUACAUGCACAGAAACCAUUCUCCCUCAGUGAAUUUGAUAGAAAGCUCCAGCAAUAAUCUGCAAGUUUUCUCUGGAGCUGACAGCUGGACUUCCUUACCCUCCACACCCCACGCCAGCAUCCUGUCUGUACCUCACACCAGCGGACCGAUCAAUCCAGGGCCUAGUCCCUACCCGUGCCUGUGGACCAUCAGUAACGGUGGCGGGAGCCCUUCCGGGUCGGGCUCGGAGGUGCACGCCGGCUCCCCGGGAGCGUUUCUCCUGGGUAAUCCAGCUGUGACUUCGCCCCUCUCCACCCAGGCUCCUGCUUCGGCUGGUGUGGAGGUUCUGGGGGAGCCCUCGCUGACCAGCAUCGCUGUGUCUACCUGGACAGCAGUGACCUCGCAUCCCUUCUCAGGCUGUGGUAGCCUGGGUGGGGGUGGGCGCCAGUCUCCCUCCUCACUGGAUAGUUAAGCAGGAUCCUAGGAAAGUUGUCAGCAGAGAACCUGCUAGGUGUAGAGCUCUUAGAAGUCUCACCUACUAAUCCCAGUGAGUCAGACUGCAGAGUCUCCCCACCCAGUGAAUGGGGUUAUACCAGAAGCCUACAGGGAGAUGGUUUAGUUUGGAUAAUGCUAAUUUUGUCACCUGCAUCUCUCCACCAUUUACUUUUUGUGCUCCCAUUUUCUCUGCAACUUAUCUGUGCUAUGCUUAGGCAACAAAAGUUCGUUGAGUAUUUUCCUUGCGCCCUGCCCCUUACUGUCAAGUGAUUCUAGAAGGCUGUCCUUCUUGUUCUGUGGAGGUGAUGCAAGGCUGUUAAGUGAGCUCAACAUUUACUUAGCCUAAGGCCACUGCUUUGGAGCUUUGUGCAGCCCUGAAAGUAUGUGUGGCCACAGAGCUUCUGCUUUGAGACCAAGAAAGGGUGUAAGUCCCUGGAGUGAAGUUAACAGAAAUAGAGCUAAUCACAUAUUACAGCAUAGAGAAUUGAGGAAAUGAGAUCAUAUCGCUCCCUGGCUUCGAAACCUUCGAUGGCUCACCAUUGCCUACAGAUUGAAGUCGAUCUCCUC